AUUUCCUUGAGGGCAGCGCUGCGAGGUUCGGCAUUUUCGGUUGAAGUGGAGAUGCCAGUGAUGGACUUUUCUAAUCUGACGGAAGCUGUCACGUCUCAGUCUGUCGGACUCACUGACCACGUUGGUGCUGUCGUCUACGUGACUGCUGGUCCCAAGAUUAUAGAAUUCGGCUUGGAAUUUUGCCUGCAGUUACAAAAUUGUGGCGAAUGUCGAGCUCACAGACAAGAAUGUCGAUGGUGUCCAGUAGAGAACAAAUGUCGAGAUAUAAAAUUAACAUCGAAAUAUUGUAACAGAACUGUAGAUGUAAGAUGCCCUCCAAUUAUAACUGAGUUUGUUCCAGCUAAAGUGCCUAGACAAGGAGGGUCUGUGUUGACCAUUACUGGAUCUCACUUGGGGGUGCACACCGAGGGUCUGGUCAAUGUGACAGUAUGUGGUCAGCCUUGCGAUGACGUCACGGCCAGUCAGACCAGAAUGACAUGUAAAGUCAAAAGUCGCUGUACAUCGUGUGCGGAGAAAUGUCAUAUUGCAGUAUCUGUCACACAUCCAACCAGUGAAGGGGAAACUUCGUCUUCUCAGUUACCACCAGAUCGUCAAUGGGUGGAAUAUUUGGAUCCGAUAGUGACAUCAUUUUCUCCAGCGUUCGGCCCUUCUCGAGGUGGCACAGUGGUCAAGUUUCAGGGUCAGAAUCUGAAGAUAGGAAGUUCAACAAAUAUAACAAUAGGUGGGGUCCUUUGUGAUGUCCUGCCAGACAGUGAGCUCGUCUGUACCAUCGAAGAAGAUGUCAACAGAAAGCCAACAUCUGGAGACAUUGUGAUUUCAAUUGAUAAUUUCAAAACCACUGUAAACAAAAAUUUUGAAUUUCGUCAAAAUCCAACAAUUCAGAAUAUUACACCGUUGAAGACAAUAGAAAGUGGCGGGGUGUCUAUAGCAGUGACUGGUGUCAACAUUGACAGCGUGGACACCUCUGUGCUCAAGCUAACAGUACCCAGCACACCUGGGGUGAACUGCACUUCUCCGCUCUCACAAAAAUGUAACACUCCAGUCAGUAACAGGAAAAUGGUGUGCAAAACGCCCGAUGUCAGUAGAUGUUUCAGAAACAACAUGACAGUUCAGGUGGCCAUAUAUAUGGAUGGAAUGGACAUGCUCUGGCAGCAUCCACACCUGCAAAAGAUGACCGUCUAUGCCAAUCCAAUGUUCAAUGAGACUUUCAUCGACAAAGCAACAAGAUCUUUAAUAAUUCGGGGUGCUAACAUCCCAGAUUGGAUUGACAGAUCUGACAUCACUGCAUCCUUUGCAAACGUGACACUGAAUAUCACCCAAGUGAAAAACAACUAUAUAAAAUGCGAUAUGAAGUCUUGGAAUUUGAAUCAGUUCCAAACUAAGCAACAAAAUAGCCAGUUCCUGUAUACACGAGGAUAUUCUAAAGAGAGCAGCAAUUACACAAAUAUAGAUGAAUCAAACGAAACGGAAGCCAUGGAUAGUUCAGGCCUACCAAAGUCAAAAGGAUCGGUAAUAUCCAAAACAACAACUAUGAAGUCUACUUGGAAGUCAGAUCAACCGUUCAACAUUAUUAUGGAAAACUCAGCAUCAGCAAGCAAACUUAGUAGUGUUGGUAAAAUGAAUACAUCGACAUCAACAACUUCCAGGACAACGAAACGAGUGACGAAAACUGGUGGAAACACAACAGACUUCUCCACCGUGUCACCUCGACCUGAUGAUGGUACUACAGGAAAGGGCGUUAUACAGAAGACUGUCAAGAUCAGGAUCAAAGUUGGUAACUAUCAACAAGAAAUGGUCUUUGUCUUCUACGCCGAUGACAACAAAACCUCCGCAGUAACAGAAAACGAUCCCGUAAAAAAUCGCAAACUGAACAUAGCGUUGUUCGCGGGAGCUGGGGGAGGCGGUGUCCUCUUGUUGCUGCUGGUCAUUGUGUCCAGUGUGCUGUAUAUCAGAGCCAGGAAAGCACAGGCACUGGUCAAAGAGCAAGCUUUUUACAUGAGCAGUCUGUCGGGAUCACAGCAUGGAAGCAAAGAGGGAGCUCUGCCUUCACUAAAACAGAUUCUGCAGUCCGUGACAGAGCCCGACCAAAGAGCCGACAUGGACAGACUUAUCAUCAGUCUUGACUGUUUGACAGUUGGCAAGAAAAUUGGCUCAG